AUAAAGGACCCUUUUUGGUUUGACAAUUUUGGCCCCGCCUCUUUCCCAUAUUUACGUCUUUCUUUUGGGAGUUGUUUCAGUUUUUCCGGAAUCUGGUGACGAGACAUGAAAUUCGGCAAGAGUCUCAACAACCAGAUCGAGAAAACCCUACCGGAGUGGGGGGACAAGUUCCUCUCUUACAAGGAACUCAAGAAGAAGUUGAAGCUCUUGGAGCCUCCCAAAUCCUCCGUCGACGACAGGCUGUCCAAACGGCCCAGGCUCGAUGAUGGUGCCGCCUCCGGUGAGUCUUCGCCGGAGGAGAUUGACUUCAGGAACUUGCUGGAGGGAGAACUCGACAAAUUUAAUACCUUCUUUGUUGAGAAAGAAGAAGAGUGCAUUAUUAGAUUGAAGGAGUUACAAGAUAGGGUUGCCAAGGGAAAGAAUUCAAAAGAAGAGAUGAUGAAAAUACGGAAGGAAAUUGUGGAUUUCCAUGGCGAAAUGGUUUUAUUGGAAAACUACAGUGCCCUUAACUAUACAGGACUUGUGAAAAUACUGAAGAAGUAUGACAAGAGAACUGGUGCCCUAAUUCGCUUACCUUUCAUUCGAAAAGUCUUGCAGCAGCCUUUCUUUACUACAGAGAUGCUCUACAAGCUUAUAAAAGAAUGUGAAACAAUGCUGGAUGGUUUAUUUCCAGUGAAUGAUACCCCUGCCUCGGUUGAUGCUGCUUCUCAAGCUGAUGGGUGCGAUCUUUCAACAACAACUUCAACUUCUUUCAAGAGCGGUGAUUGUCUGUUGGUACCCAAGGAACCGGCGGAGAUUGUGAAUAAGGAGAGCCUUUAUAUGAAGAGUACCAUAUCAGCAUUACAUGUUUUGCAGGAAAUUAGAUCUGGAAGCUCCACGAUUAACAUGUUUUCAUUAUCACCAUUGCCAAUCAGUGGGUUGGGAGAAACAUGGAAGAAAGUUUCUGUUCUGGAACAAGUAGCCAAGUAAUCUUCUGGAUUGCAUUGAUGGUGGCCUAGUGGGUUCUUUAAAUUUCCUUCCUUUUUUCUCUCUAAAAAACGAUGCCACUGAUGGCAUGCAUGCCUCAGAUUCAGAAUACUAACACGGAUAAGAGAAGUGUAAAGAUGGAAUUGAUCCAAUACAAAUGUAGGUUCCAUAGGUUUCAUAU